UGAGGUAUAUUUAUAGGUCAAUAUAAAACGAACUAUUCGGUAAAAUCCUUCUCCUCGUCUUCUGUCCUUUCGUUUCGUUAUCUACAAAAAGAGAUGUCGUCGUUUGGGCAAGGCAAAAAGCGAGGCUCCGGCGCCAAUAACGACGACGUGGGCAUCAUGGCAAGACUCUCCCGCGCCGUAUCAAAUUCUCCAAUAACCGAUGCCACCAAGAGAGCCGCCAAUGACGCCGCUUACGUCUCUAAGAAGUUGUUGAAGAGCACGGGAAAAGCGGCGUGGUUUGCGGGAACAACGUUCCUGAUCCUUGUGGUACCACUUAUCAUCGAGAUGGAUCGUGAACAGCAAUUCAAUGAGUUGGAGUUGCAGCAGCGAAGCCUCCUUGGCUCAUCCCCUCCCCUCUCCCCUCCCAAGUAAAAAGAGAAAUAUCGCUUCGAUGCUUUAAUUUAUGGGCUAUUUUAGAAUUUUCAGUGUUCUUUCUAUUGUUGAUGCUUCAUUGGAUUGUUUUUUGGAUUAAAUUAAAUUUGAAGAUGAUGAAAUUUCUUAUGUGUUGAUGGGUAUUGCUGGAAUUUACGAAAUAAUUGAAAUUGAAGCAAUGCAUCAUAAUUGUGGAGAAUUGAUGAAAUUUAGGAGUUGAGUUCAGGUACUCCCUAGAGAGGAGGAAAGGUUUAAACAGUUCAUUUUCUCAUCAAUCCUUAUUAUUGGAUGUUCUAAAGUGGAUAAGUGCAG